CCUUUUCCGGCGCAAGCGCCCAAGAUGUAUUCUCAAAACGUGAAGAUUAUAAAGCCUCAGGGCGAAAAGGUGGACCCGUUCGAGGCGGGUAUUUCCCAGACCCUCCUCGAACUGGAAAUGAACAGUGACCUAAAGGCUCAGCUCCGGGAGCUGCACAUCGUCGAGGCCAAGCUUGUCGAAGUCAACGGCAAAAAGGCCAUCCUGAUCUACGUGCCAGUGCCUCAACUGAAGGCUUACCAGCGCAUCCAGGCACGACUGGUACGUGAGCUGGAGAAGAAGUACAGUGGCCAGUACGUGGUCUUCCUGGCCAAGCGCAACAUCCUGCCCAAGCCAACGCGCAAGACGCGCCAGCGCCAGAAGCGGCCACGCUCGCGCACCCUAACUGCCGUGCACGACGCCCUGCUUGAAGACCUGGUCUUCCCGGCUGAGAUCGUCGGCAAGAGGGUGCGUGUGCGCCUAGACGGAAGCCGGCUCAUCAAGGUGCACCUCGAACGCAGCCAGCAGACGAACAUUGAACACAAGACGGACACCUUUGCAGCCGUGUACAAGAAGCUGACUGGCAAGGAAGUGACGUUCGAAUUCCGUGAGCCCCCCUACUGAGGGCUUAGGACAUGUGAAUAAAGAGGGUGCGACAGCUGUU